GACAUGGAAAUGGAUACUAGAAAAAUGGUAACUUUCUUCAUCUUCGGGAUACUUCUGGUCAUAAAUAUUGAUAUAUCCGAGGCAGAUUGUAUGGAAGUGAAGUGUAGAGAGUCGAACAUUCAUAACUGUCAACCGAAUUGAAAGGUCCAUCAAAAUCACGAUGUGCUCCGAUGAGAUAUGACAUUGCAUUUUAUUUCGUUAAUCCAAUAGAAAUUUCAAAAGAACAAAGGAUAAAGCAGAUGGAAUUUGCGAAGACAGUUGUCGCAUCAUUUAGUGUUGGGUACAUGCAAACUCGUUUUUCUUGUCAUGUGUAUGGGAGUGAGGCGAAUGAACUUUUUAAUUUUAUUUCUAAAACUACUGUUGAAGGUAUAGAUACUGCUCUGAACACGUUUCCUGAUGAAACAAGUUCCGGUAGUGUAGAAACAAUAAAGAACUUGAAAUAUAUAUGGACAACCAUAUUUACAGAAGCAAAUGGUGAUAGAGCAGAAAUACCAAAUUACUGUCUUAUGAUAGCAAUAGGUGAAAAUAAUGAUACAUUCACCUUAGCAGGAAAUGAAAAACCGGAUACUAUUGAUCUUAGGAUAUAUGAUGCCCAAGAUGCUUACCCUGAAUACAGCAGGUACUACUCUGAUAACCAACUUAAACAGACAGUCGUCGAUGCAACUAAAUACACAAAAAUAGGUUCUUUGGACGAUUUGUUAUCAGAAGCAACAGCUUUUACAGAUACCUUCACAUGCGAUUAUUUUUGUGAUGUGAACUAUUUUACCUAUGAUGAACCAGAAUUGUUGAACACUAAUGCAGAUAAAGCAACAUCAGGUAAAAUAACCAUACUAAUGGAUUCGGCUUGGGAAAUAACAUGUUGUGGAGUGGUUACAUCGUGGAUCUUUUAUGUCAAAGCCAGCGGAACACUAAAGAUCGGAGUAUUACGACCUACAGAUACCAAUACUUACAGAGUUAUAGGGUUCAUUUCAAUAAUUAUUCCAGACACUUACGUAGAUACCUUGGUUACUUAUGAUAAUGCUGCCGACGAAAAUAUUGCAAUCAAAGAGGGAGAUAAAAUUGCAUGGUAUUCAUCUGGUGCCAACAUAAUAUCGUAUGAGACAUGUACAGUCAGUGCACGUAGUGACUGUCCACAGUCAACAAUACAAAUUACGUCUUCGGGAGAAUUGGAAGCUGGUGAAACGAUCGACAUUUCUUCUGUGUCCACUAUCGCUGAUAAAGCAUGGGCUCUAAAAUUUACAACGAAAAAUAACACUGAAAUUAUUAUCAGGACGAAUGAAAACGAAACAGAACUUGAAGAGAACACUGCAGUUGGUAAAGCAGCCAUUUUUCUUACAAUUGACGAUCCUGAUGCCUUCGAAGACUACGAAUUUACAGUAACAGGGGAUCUUACCCAUUUGGAGUUAAACAUUGAAACGAUGACCCUUGAUUUAAAAGUGAAGUGGCCACCAGGUGGAGUGGAUAAACCUCAAGUUGUGACAAUAGUGGGUACUGAUACAUGUCAGCAUACAGCUACUGUUACCCUUACUGUUAACUCUUAUAACGAGCCACCUAUCAUUAACAACCUUCCGUUCAUUACUGAAAUUGUUGAGACGACCAAAACGGCACUUCCUCUGUUCAAAAUUAAUGUUACAGAUGCCACCAAAGAUGAAAUAUGCUGCACCAUGCCGUUCACUUUACCUAAUACGUUCAACUUUGAGCUGAAGAACACAACUGAUGAAUAUGGAAAUGUUACUGGCUUUUGGAUAUAUACCAUAGCAGAGCCAGCAUUUGAGUACAGUGACAUCGAUUCGUAUCGUGUGUUUGUGUGUUGUCAAGACCCCUAUGGUUCGUCGUACAGUUAUUUAAUUCUAAGAUUGACAGAAGUGAAAAUCAUCGAGCCAUAUGUUCCACCAGAUUGGUUUUUCCGAGCUCUGAUUCUAAGUUUGACACCAAUAGGUCUGAUGACAGCGGUGUCCUGCUUUACGUUACUUUUUACAGUAUUUUGGUUAUAAAAAUAUUCUACAAACACUACUGUCUUUCUCAAAGAUAAACUUUGUUCUUUUAAAACUAUUUACUAUAUACAAACAGAAAGAAGAGUGAACACCAUGCACAUGAAAUUUUUUUUGUACACUGAUUGCUUUUGUUAUAUCCGAAAAAGACUGAUAGCCGUCUGCGCUGCUUAAAAGAUUUUUAUUAAAUAUUAUUAGAAAUAACAUAAGAAAAUGUAAAUACCGUCCAAACGAAAACAUCCUAGACACUAUGAUAUAAUGCUUCCAAACAUUUUAUACAUUUUACAUUCAUAAGAGAACUGUCGCAGUAUUAUGUCUUUAGUAAAGCGAUCUCUUCAAUACUCAUCAUUAAUGCAUUGCUCAUACCCAGAUUGAAAACACGACCAUGAAUUCAUCUCAUUCAUUAAAUUCGUAGACUACUGCUUCAAAAGGAGAAGGUAUGACAAGGUAACUUUUUGUCCCCUUGAAUUUGAAAAUCAAAAAGUAACUUUGUUUCAUAUCUAUUCUAAACAAAAACUAUACGUUCAUUGGCUUUAUUAUAUCAAUUAUGUCAAUUGUGACAUGUUUAUGACGAGUGAGAUCACAAGUGACCUUUAUGCACUAAAGUGUUCCAUUAUAUCAAGCUGUUCAUUUAUCAUUAAAAUUAACAUAAUUCUGUUUAGUCUUGAAUUAUUAUACUAUUUUGCAAUUUCAUGGGCCAAAUAAUUGCUUUUAUUAGACCUCCUCUUUUUGGUCAACUAUAUGAAUUUGAACACUUUGUACUUCAACCAUAUUCAUAUAAACAUUAAUAAAAUAGUUGCUUUUAAAAUUUUGUUCACCGGCCUGAAUGUAGUAAUUUUUUUCUAGCUUUUGAACGGAACAAACAAAAUAAAAGUAUACUGGACAAUAUAUCAGGAAAGAAAACCUACUGAUUACUGAUUAAUUUUUUUUCUUUCGUCAUAUUGAUCCAAGAUUGAUUUCGACCUUUUCACGCAUUCUAUUAAUUUAUCAUUCCAAAACUUGAUAUUGUGAGUAUAUUUCAGUAAAUUCAGACGAUAUAUAUGUUGUGUGCAAGUUGUAAUGUUUGUCUGUCUUUUUUUCAUGGUGUUAUCAGUGUAUUUUCGACUUGUGAGUUUGAAUGUCCCUGUGGUAUCUUUUGCCACUCUUAUAUGAUUAUAACUUGUACAGACUUUUUGUACAAGUUAUCAGUAUUGUGAAAUAUCUUUUCUUUCAAUCAGUGAUACGUGUAUAUGUUAUCUGCAACAAUUAACCGUACUGAUGUUAUAUAUAAUAUCAUAACAUAAGGAAUUGUCCUCUUUGGUAUAAACUUUCAAAUGAGGAUACCAGAUUGGGUAAGAUUCUGUUUAUAUUUAUUCAGUGACACCAGAUUCCAAAUUAUCUUACAAUUUCAUUAAAAAUCACUUUAUUACGGUGUAAUGUAAAUGGCUGUAGCAUGAAGUCAAAUAAGACAGUGAGAUGCUAAAUCAAAGAACAUUUUGCUUAUUUUAACCAUUCAUGUAAAGAUGUUCGCAAAAUACCAAUAACUUGUACAAAAAUUCUAUACAAUUUUAAUAAGUACAACAUUACAAUUUGUACACAGCAUAUAGAUCUGUAUUUUUCUAUAGUAAACCAGUAACUAUUUGUUUACUUCGUUAUAACUUAGUUUUUAAUUAAAAUUGAGAUCCGA